GCGCCAAAAAACUUAGUGUAAAGUGUUGUGUUUAUUGUGUACAAAUUAAAAUUUGAAUUAUUAUUAUGGAUACUCAAGAUAUGGAUCAACAUUCAAGAGAUAUACAGAGGGAAUAUCUAGAUUUUCUUGAUGAUGAGACUGACCAAGGAAAGUAUUCUCAAUUAGUAAAAGAUAUGAUAUCAGAUAAGAGUUGUCGAUUAUUGGUGAAUAUCAACGAUUUACGUAGAAAAAAUUCAACAAGAGCUCUUUCAUUACUUAACAAUGCAUUCGAAGAACAAAUGGCUUUUCACAAAGCUCUUAAAGACUACAUAUUGUCAGUUAAUCCGGAUUACGCCAAACAAAACGUGGAUUUUUUUAUCGCUUUCGAAGGGAGCUUCGGGAAUAAACACGUUACGCCUAGAACACUCACUUCUAGAUAUUUGGGUAACCUAGUUUGUGUCGAAGGUAUUGUUACUAAAUGCUCUUUAAUUCAUCCUAAAGUCGUGAGAAGCGUCCAUUAUUGUACUGCAACAAAAAAAAUAAUGGAAAGAAAGUAUUCAGAUAUGACUUCUUUGGAUGCUAUACCCUCGUUAGCGGUGUAUCCUACGAAAGACGACGAGGGUAAUCCUCUUGAAACAGAAUUCGGUCUUUCGACUUAUAAAGAUCAUCAAACUAUAUCUAUUCAAGAAAUGCCUGAAAACGCCCCGGCGGGGCAACUACCGAGAUCUAUCGAUAUUAUCUGCGAUAACGAUCUAGUGGAUAAAUGUAAACCCGGCGACAGGAUACAAGUUGUUGGGAAUUUUAGAUGCUUGCCUAAUAAACAACAAAAUUUUACAAAUGCCACUUUCAAGACGGUUGUUAUAGCUAACAACAUUUCUCAAUUGAGUAAAGAAGCGGCACCGUCGAUAACGAGGGAAGAUGUCGCUCGUUGUAAGCAACUCGCAAAAUCUAAUAAAAAUAUAUUUGAAUUAUUAGCGAAAUCGUUGGCUCCUUCUAUUCAUGGUCACGAAUAUAUAAAAAAAGCGGUGCUGUGUCUCCUAUUGGGUGGUGUUGAAAAAGUAUUACCAAAUGGAACUAGACUUCGAGGUGAUAUAAAUAUACUCUUAAUAGGAGAUCCUAGCGUCGCUAAAUCUCAAUUACUGAGAUACGUUUUACACACCGCACCUAGAGCUAUUCCUACUACAGGUAGGGGAUCGUCUGGUGUGGGUUUGACUGCCGCUGUAACGACGGAUCAAGAGACCGGCGAAAGGAGAUUGGAAGCCGGGGCUAUGGUACUCGCCGAUCGCGGUGUCGUCUGCAUAGACGAAUUCGACAAAAUGAGCGAUCUCGAUAGAACCGCGAUACACGAAGUCAUGGAACAAGGUCGAGUUACGAUAGCUAAGGCGGGUAUACACGCUAGUUUGAACGCGAGAUGUUCGGUAUUAGCGGCCGCCAAUCCCGUCUACGGUAAAUAUGAUCAAUAUAAAACUCCAAUGGAAAAUAUAGGUCUGCAGGAUUCUUUACUUUCGCGUUUCGAUUGUCUAUUCGUAAUGUUGGAUACUGUUAACGCUGAUAAUGAUUUAUUGAUAUCUGAUCACGUAGUGAGAAUGCACAGAUACAGGAAUCCUCUAGAACAAGAUGGUGAAGUACUACCGAUGGGUUCGACAGUUGAUAUAUUAAGUACUAAAAAUCCGGACGAAGAUGACGAAAAAGAAGUACCGAUGUACGAGAAAUACGAUCCUCUAUUACAUGGAGCGAGUCGGAAACGUACGGAUAGAAUUUUAAGUGUGGAAUUUAUGAGGAAAUAUAUUUAUUUUGUGAAAAUUUUGAAACCUGCUUUGACAGAAGAAGCUUCCGAGAUUAUUGCUGACGAAUAUUCGAGAUUGCGAUCAGAAGACGCUUUGGAAACCGAUCAGGCCAGGACGCAACCUGUGACGCCGCGUACCUUAGAAACGAUGAUCCGUUUGGCGACAGCCCACGCCAAAGCAAGAAUGUCGAGAACGAUCGAAGCCGAAGACGCAGACGCCGCCAUCGAACUAAUACGUUACGCUUAUUUCAAAAAAGUAUUAGAAAAAGAGAAGAAACGAAGAAGACGCGCCGAAGACGGUUCCGAAAACGAAGAAGAACAACGUCAGAAGCGACCUAGAAGAAGGAGAUCGGAUGCGAGCGAACAAUCGGACGAAGAAAUCAUUUCGACGCAAAGUUCGACUAGAAGUCGAUCCACGGUCCUAACUGGCGUACAAUCGAUGGAAGGGGAAGAAGGAGAAGAAGAAUACGUUGUUAACGGUAUAAACGGUCGCGCAGAAGAAAAUACUACUAUGGAAAUCGAUAAUAGCCCUAGGGAGAUAUCAGACGGUAGAUUUUCUACUUUCAAAAACGGCCUUUAUAAGGCGUUCAGGGAAAACGCGUCUCAAUCGUUGGGAUUGAACACUAUUAAAACGUUCGUUAAUAGUAAUAACCCCCAACCCUAUACGCAAGGAGAAAUCGACGCCGCCAUUGAAAAAAUGACCGACGACAAUCAGGUUAUGUUGGCCGACGGUAUUGUUUUCUUAGUGUAACUGUUGUCAAAUGUCGCAAGUCAUUGUUUUUCUCAGUGUAACUUUUACGAAUUCAAUUUUUAACCGUCGUCUAUUGGGGGUAGUAGAGUUUCAUAUGAUGAGACCCCGUAUAUUUUUUUUUUCGUUUUUUUAUUUUACGUUUUCGGUCGAUUUUUCCGGUCAAGACAUCGGAAGUUAUUGUUUUCUUAGUGUAACUUUUUUUAUAUUCUUCUGUACUGUUUCCAUUUCCAUAUGAAGAGACCCCGUAUAUUUAUUUCACGUUUCGUCGAUUUUUUUUGAGAAGACAUUUUUCUUGGUGUAACUUUUUUAUAUUUAAUUUUUAAUCGUCGUCUAUUGAAAAUAGUAACAAAGUUUCAAUUUUUAAAUGAGGGGACCUCGUAUAUUCUAUUUUUUUACAUUUUGUCGAUUUUUUCCGGUUACGUUACCAGACUCCUUUAUUUUUCUUAGUGUAACUGUUAUCAAAUGUCGCAAGUCAUUGUUUUUCUCAGUGUAACUUUUACGAAUUCAAUUUUUAUCCGUCGUCUAUUGGGGGUUGUAGAGUUUCAUAUGAUGAGACCCCGUAUAUUUUUUUUUUUUCGUUUUUUUAUUUUACGUUUUCGGCCGAUUUUUCCGGUCAAGUCAUGGGAAGUUAUUGUUUUCUUAGUGUAACUUUUUUAUAUUCAGUUUUUAACUAUAAACUUCUGUACUGUUUCCAUUUUCAUAUGAUGAGACCCCGUAUAUUUAUUUCACGUUUCGUCGAUUUUUUUUUUGAGAAGACAUUUUUCUUGGUGUAACUUUUUUAUAUUUAAUUUUUAAUCGUCGUGAAAAUAGUAACAAAGUUUCAAUUUUUAAAUGAGGGGACCUCGUAUAUUCUAUUUUUUUACUUUUUGUCGAUUUUUUUCGGUUACGUUACCAGACUCCUUUAUUUUUUUUAGUGUAACUUUUUCGAUUGAUAUUUUCGUCUGUCGUCUACUGAAAAUGGCGGUAAAAUUUCCAUAUUUAAAUGAGUAGACCCCGUAUAUUUUUUUUACAUUUUCUCGAUUUUUCUGGUUACAUUAUCAGACGCCAUUAUUUUUCUUAGUAUAACUUUUAUAUUUAAUUUUUAACUUUUUUUUCUCAAAUAGUGUCGAUUUUUUUAACGUGCCUCUAGACUAAAUGCGAGAAAUGACAUCCAAUCAUUAGGUUAUGAUAACGGACGUUAUCCUUUUUCUUAGUGUAAUUUCCGAUUGUAUUAUUUCCAUUUUUAAAUAAUGCGACCCCCGUAUAUAUAUUUUGUCGAUUUUUCCAGUUACGUUACGUUACCAGACUGCAUUAUUUUUCUUAGUGUGACUUUUUCGAAUAAAAUUUACAACUGUCGCCUAUUGAAAAUUUCCAUUUUUAAAUAAGGAGACCCCGUAUUAUAGAAACAAUCGUUAUAUUAAGAAUUGUUUUUCUUCUUGCUAAUAUAAUUUGAGAUACCCUCGUAUAUUUCUAAUAUUUUUUCAACUCAAGUAAAGUUGUUGAUAACCCCGUAUAUAUUUUUUAUAAUGAACAUUAUAUAUUUUAAAACCGUUUUUAUACAAAAAAUUAUUUUCUAAAUCAUUUAAAAACAAAAGUCAGCCAUAAUUUUUUUAAAUUUCGUAUUUCACAUUUUUAUAUAUAUAUAUAUAUAUUUUUGAUAGAUAAAUACAGGUUGUACCCAAAAUUUUGAAAUUCGAUGUUUUUGGGCGUUUAAAUAAAAAUUUUGACCCCCAAAGCUGAAAACCAAAAAAAUACGAAAUUAAUUUUCUUUGUAGGAUAAUGUUAAUAAAAUAUUUUUUUAUUUGUU